AUGGAUACCACCAGCAGUAGCAGCCCCAUGGUGGCGCCAGAUGAAGAUGAAACCGUCCGUUUUGCGCUUCUCAGAGCCGGAGUUCUUGGCUUAAUUUUUUUACUUGCCACAUGUGGCAACCUUUUCUUCUUAGUCACCCUUUGGAAGAGGAGGAAGAGGAACUCACGGACCCAGAUGUUCCUCCUGCAUCUGUGCCUUGCGGAUCUGGUGGUGGCCUUUUUCCAAGUCCUGCCACAGCUUUCCAUAGAAAUUACGCACAGGUUCCGCGGGACGGACUUCCUCUGCCGCCUUGUAAAGUACUUGCAGGUGGUCGGGAUGUUCGCCUCCGCUUACAUGAUAGUGGCCAUGGCUAUUGACCGCUACCACGCGGUUUGCAUGCCCAUGGUCUCCUUCCUGGAGGGCUCUUUCAGGAGGUACGUCUCCAUAGGCGCAGCGUGGUUCGUCUCCCUUGUCUUCGGCUCUCCGCAGCUCUUCAUCUUCUCCGUCCAGGAGGUGGAAGUAAAUCUGUAUGACUGCUGGGCGACGUUCGUUGAACCCUGGGGUAGCAGGAUCUACAUCGGCUGGAUCACUCUGGCAGUGUUUGCUCUGCCUGCAGUGAUUUUAUUAUACUGCCAGAUGAGAAUAUGCACAACAAUCUACUUUAACAUGAAGAGGAAGGCUCUGCAGUCAGGGCGCACAGGCACGAGGGGGGUCUCCAAUGCAAUGCUCAAGACAGUGAAAAUGACUUUUGUGAUUAUAAUGGCAUAUACAGUGUGCUGGAGUCCUUUCUUUGUUGUGCAGUUAUGGUCUGCAUGGAGCCCCAGCAGCGCUCCUACACAAGGUCCCAUAUUUUCAAUUAUCAUGCUGCUCGCCAGUCUCAACAGCUGCACAAACCCUUGGAUAUAUCUCUACUACAGCUGAAAAACAUGUCUCAAAUGAAAAGAAUCAACAGAAGAGAAAUAAUAAACAGGUUGUCUACAAAUUCCCACCUGUGCCGACCGAGGUGAAAAGUUCCCUUGUUGAACUGCAUGGAGAAGACUUUGAAGAAGAAAGCCACAUUUGUUGUGUUCUCUGUGAAAAAUAUGCUCUCGCUCCUUUUGUACAAAACAGAAAAGUGUAUAUCAAGCAGACUGUGGGAAACAAGCAACGGAACAGAACACAAAUAUAUUCAAACAUGCUUCAUCUUAGAAGGAAUUACAAUGACUGCAUGAAGCAAAACACUGUCUACUGCUGGAUGAAGGUAAAAUAGAAACAACCAGAGGUGUAAACAUUCAUUUUCAUUCCUAGCAACGUGUACAGAUAAACAAGACAUGUGAAGACUGGUAAUAGAGACCGGCAGAUUUAAAUUCAGACUAUUCUUAUAAAUAAAUGACAAUAA